AUGGCUACUGCCACUACUACACAGACUACGGAUCUCUCAGGUGCCCAGUGCACCACCUUGACAUACAUCGGGCACAUAAAAGAGGCUGGACUAUCCUCCUACUGGACCGAGUUUUCUCCAGUCCCAACUCAGGCUUCGGACGAAUCAGACUGGGAAUUGUCUUACAUCGCCAAACCAACGGUGCGACACGAAUCUUCUGACAGCGGACCCCUUGACAUCAACUCCGACUGUCGAACUACUGGCCUUGAAUCCGAAACAUCAGAUCACUCGGAGAAAUGCAAGCCGUCGCUUUGGGAUCGCGCAUACGAUAGCCUUAAGAAAACGGACGGACAGCUAGUUGAAGAUUAUGAAAAGUUGCUCUCUAUGGAGUUUCAAACAAACACGGUCAAACCAAUUGGCCCUCAUGACAAUCUUCAUGAACUACUGAUUACAGCUGAAAAUCGAAUCAAUAGCACGAACCAUAAUGAGGGCCUAAAGCAACUGGAGACAAUCACCACUCGCGGGCUUGAACAAUUGGAAAAUAGGAGGACUAAAUAUACUAUAUUCGGUCACGAGUUCACUCUACGCAACCAGGUAGCGCACGCUACUCAGUUUAUACAAAAACCCCGAAAUGCCAUCCAUGAGGCUGUCAAGGUACCACCUUAUACCUACCUGGCGUGGGCUGGUUUCUGCCUCAUCCUACCUACCUUCAUGAAUCCCGAUAUUGCAGAAGAGGCGAGUCGCGACGGUCACUUGUACGUCACCUCUCGCAUGCAAUUCUACGUCAAAUUGGAAUCGCUAUUAUUACCAAGCGAUAGAUUGCAGGCUUCUGGUUUAAGUGCCGAGCUUGAGGACCGUCUCAUAGAACUUUACAGACAAAUCAUUGAAUUUCGGUUGAAAGUCGUGCGGCGUGUCUAUUUAACACGACUUGUCCGAUUUAAAGAAGACGCCGUACAGCAUGAAGAUUGGAAGGGCAUGGUGGCCAAAAUCCGAGAAUCAGAAAAGAUACUUAGCGAUGACGCCAAGCAAGCCAACGAUGCUGCCAUGGGAAGGGAGUUGGAGAAAAUUAGCAACAACGCGGAGAGGUUUUACACAGAUAUCACAUCUAUUCUGGCCCCUUUGCUCAGAGAUAGUCGCAAGACCUCAGCUGUCACCUUUAUGAACAAUGGUUCAGGCAGUCAAUACAACGCAACAACAGGAGGGGUUCAGAAUAUUGCGAAGGGCAACCGUACGAACUUCUCUGGGGUAACCUUUACAGGGGCUGUAAAUAUUAAUUAGGUUCAAGUUUGUAUAUAAAAAUGAGACUGGAUACCGCAGGUUCAUAUACAUCGAAAG